AUGAGCUGUCUGGAUGUUAUGUACCAGGUCUACGGUCCCCCGCAGCCUUAUUUCGCAGCCGCCUACACUCCCUACCACCAGAAACUAGCCUACUACUCAAAAAUGCAGGAAGCCCAAGAAUGCAAUGCCAGCCCCAGCAGCAGUGCCAGCGGGAGCUCCUCAUUUUCCAACCAAACCCCAGCCAGCGUCAAAGAAGAGGAGAGCAGCCCAGAGAAGGAGCGCCCACCCGAAGCUGAGUACAUCAACUCCAGAUGUGUGCUCUUCACCUACUUCCAGGGGGACAUCAGCUCUGUGGUGGAUGAACAUUUCAGUAGGGCCCUGAGCCAGCCCAGCAGCUACACCCCCAGCUGUGUGAGCAGCAAAGCCCACAGGAGCUCGGGACCCUGGAGAGCAGAAGGCACCUUCCCGAUGAGCCAGCGCAGCUUCCCCGCCUCCUUCUGGAACAGCGCGUACCAGGCGCCGGUGCCCUCGCCGCUGGCCAGUCCUCUGGCCGCCGCGCACUCGGAGCUGCCCUUCGCCACCGCCGACCCCUACUCCCCAGCCGCGCUGCACGGCCACCUGCACCAGGGCGCGACCGACUGGCACCACGCACACCCGCACCACGCACACCCGCACCCGCACCAUCCCUACGCGCUGGGCGGCGCCCUAGGCGCGCAAGGCUCAGCCUACCCGCGGCCAGCGGUGCACGAGGUCUACGCGCCCCACUUCGACCCGCGCUACGGGCCGCUGCUCAUGCCCGCGGCCUCGGGCCGCCCCGGCCGCCUGGCCCCUGCCUCGGCACCAGCUCCCGGCAGCCCGCCCUGCGAGCUCGCUGCCAAGGGCGAGCCGGCGGGUGGCGCGUGGGCUGCGCCCGGGGGACCCUUCGUGAGCCCCGCGGGGGACGUGGCCCAGAGCCUGGGCCUCAGCGUGGACUCAGGUAAGCGGAGGAGGGAGUGCAGUCUCCCCGCAGCCCCUCCAGCACUGUACCCGACUCUGGGCUGA